AUGCAAUUACUAUUCUUUAUUUUAACAAUUCUAAAUGUCCAAAACAUUUGUUUGGGAGAUCUCUUACCUGUGGUGGACACUCUGUCAUUAAACGACACGACACAAAGAACAUACUCAUUUAAAACAGUUGAAAGAAUAUGUAAUCGUUUAGAAUUAAGUCAAGGAUCAGACUCCAAGACUCUAUUUGCUUUCAAAUUAGCUACCAUAAUAAAUGGUAAUGGAACUUGGGAUAUGAAAGAAACUCUUCCGAUAGUAAAGGAGAUUAAUGAAAACUUUGAACAUUUGUUAGUUCUCGAAAGUAUGAAUCCUCAAAAAAAUAAUAUCGCGGUACGAUUGCAAAAAGGCACGAUUAUUAUGAUGACAGAUAUCAAGGAAUUGGCCGGAAAAUAUGAUGAUUUAUUAAUAAUGUGGAGGCAUAAAAUUUUUAUUAAUAAAGGUUUCAAACUUGCAAUCUUGAGAUAUUUGAAUCAUAAUCUGGGAAAAAUGGUAUACUUGAAAUAUAGUGUACUGCAAGGGUCUAGUGAAGGUUCUGUUAAUGCUGGAUACAGAAUUUUGAGACAUUCGGAUUUAGCUUUGAAAGCUGCUAUUAAAACAAUUGAGAUGGUGCAAAACAAUACAUUAUUAGGAUUGAUUAGAAUUAUUGGCUACCGUUUUGAUGAAUUGCCAGCGGUCGAAGAGGAAGAUGCCCUAGUUGAUGGUAUAGUAGAAAUAGUACAAAACAAUGUUGUUAAAGGAAAAGCUGAUCCUCCUGAGUUGAAAUUUUUAAUCAAAGGCUUGAAGACCAUAACGCAAGGUAUGGUUUUUCUUGUUUUGUGUGUCACCAUAGCUAAUGUGUUUUGUUCCGUCGUUUUCAUCUUGACCAUCUCUGUCGCUGUCGUCGUAUGGAUAAUCAUUUUUUGGAGAAUGUUAAAUAGCUGA